CCCGCACCAAAGGCGGACGACGUCGCUUUUAAUCGUACAACACAUCCGUGUCUCAGUUCCGUGUGUGUGUGUGCGCGUGUGUGCGCGCGUGUAUCAUAUUAUAAUACCUCUGUGCCCCGUAGCAGGCGCAGCACUCGGCCAGCGGCAGCACUCAGCAGCAUUGCCCGAGCUGAAUCAGUCACGGAGCGUGUGUCGUAAGGAUCGCACGAAGUCGUUUACAACACACCACCACCACCACGCACUGCCGCAACUUUCGGUAGUAAUAUAUUAAAUAACUACUCGCACCGCCCCGCGCAGUAGUUUUUUCAACGUUCUUGUGUGUGUGUGUGUGUGAGUGCACGCGCCCUCGCCGAUAUCUCUGUCUCUCCCUCUCUGGUGUGCAGCGGUGUGCAGUGUGCUCUGCUCUUGUGUGUAUACCAGUGCAGUGCAGUGCGCGCGCGACAGAGCCAAUAAUAAUAAUAACAACAACGACAUCAUCGUGGUGGAUUUUCCCUCGUAUACUCGCUCGUUUGUUUUUUCGUUCGCUCGCUCGUUUAAAGCGAGUGUAUAACGAGUUAAAUUUUUGAUUUCGAACGCACGCAACAACGACGAAAGGUUCCGGUGUGUGUGUGCGCGCGCGCGUGUGUGAAAAUGCUCUUGGUGCAGUUCUGAAAGUUUUUCUUCUCUCGCGUAUUUUAUAUAUUUGCCGUCGAGCGGAUAUAUAACAAUAUAUAAUAUUUUGUGUUCGUGUGUGUGUGCGCGCGCAAAAUUCGAGCCUACGCUAAGCUAGCCGCGCGCUCGUGAUCUCGUGUGUGUUUAUAAUUUUACAUCUAUAAUAAUACAUAAUAAACACGAGCAGCAACAACAACGACUCUCUUUCUUACGCACUACUGAUCUUCGACCCGCGAACAUAGAGAGAGAGAGAGAGGACGACGACGUGCAGUCAUCGUCGUAUCGCAGCAGCAGAUAGCAGCAGCGAAUUGUGUGUGACGGGCAGCAGCGGCGAGAAUCGAGAAAGGAGUAUAGUGCUGUAUGGAGUAGUGUGCCGUGUGUGCGCGAAAGAAGAAGAAGAAGAAGUAUACGUAUUAUAGAAGAGGAGAGAGGGAGGCUGUUCGCCGCACGGACGACGCAUAUAGAUAUAUAUACGAUAUAAAACACAGACACACACACGCAGAGAGGCGCGCGCGGACCGAAUAAAAAUCCACCAUCCGCCGCCCAGGGUCGCCGCAUUUUAUCAUCAGAGAGACCGUAGCUCGAUCUGCCAAAAUCACCCGAGCAGAGCGAAAAUCGUCUGCCAAGCAAUAACUUCGCCAUAGACGGAUUUACUAGACGAUAAAAUGGCUGAUUCGAAUCAACAAGAGGAGAUACACGAGGUCCAGACCAAUGGGGCCGUCGACGGCCUUACCGAGGAAGAGAAGGCCAAAAUGAGACCCGCCGACAUCGAAGCUGACGUGAGAGACAUGGAGAGAAGAAAGCGCGUCGAGGCGAUGAUGAGCUCGCGCUUGUUCAGAGAAGAGCUAGAGCGAAUCAUCGAGACGCAGAUGAAGGACGGCUCGGCUCCGUCGGGAAUUCUGCAACAGAUCUCCGAGAUGAUGGGCAUCCAAGGAUCGCGCUUCAAUUCCAACGGAUUCAAAAAUUCGAAUUGCGUGCUGCCCAUCAACGACAUCCGCGGCGUCGAGAGCAUGGGCUACGCCAAGGGCGAGAAGAACGCGCGCUGCAAGCUCGCCGCCGUCUAUCGGCUCAUCGACCUCUACGGCUGGACGCAGGGCGUCAACGGCAUGAUAACGGCCCGCCUGAGCCAGGACAAGGAGCACUUCCUCGUGAAUCCCUACGGGCUGCUCUAUCACGAGAUCACCGCCUCGAGCCUGAUCAAGGUCGACAUGCAGGGCGGAGUCGUCGAGCAGGGCACGACGAACUUCGCCAUCCACAUGGCCAGCUACCAGCUGCACUCGACCGUACACGCGGCCCGGCCCGACAUCAAGUGCGUCGUGCACAUCGCCACGCCCUCUGUGACCGCCGUGUCGUCGACCAAGGCGGGCGUGCUGCCGCUCAGCCAGGAGAGCAUCGUCAUCGGCGAGGUGAGCAGCCACCACUACAUCGGCGGCGGCGCCAGCCUGCUGGAUCCCGACGAGCGCGACAGGCUCGCGCGCAAUCUCGGCCCCGUCAACAAGGUCAUACUGCUGGCCAACCGGGGCGCCCUGUGCUGCGGCGAGACCAUCGAGGAGGCCUUCUACAACGUCUACAACACGGUGAUCGCCUGCGAGACCCAGGCCAAGCUCAUGACCCUCGGCAUCGACAAUCUCACCCUCAUACCGGAGGAGGCGCGCAAGGCCAUCUUCGAGGCGUCGCGCAAGGCCCCGGUGCCGCCCCAGGGCAGCGUGUCCGAGUCGGCCGCCCUCGCCGAGAAGCUUGAAAAGCGCUGGCGCAUCGGCGGCACCGAGUUCGAGGCGCUCAUGCGCAUGCUCGACAAUGCAGGUUUUCGUACUGGUUAUCUCUAUAGAAAUCCAUUGAUUAAGUCCGAGCCUCCCAGGCCGAAGAACGACGUGGAAGUACCACCAGCAGUUUCAUCUCUUGGCUUUUUACUCGAAGAGGAAGAGCUUUUCAAGCAAGGAUUAUGGAAGGGUGGACGAAAAGUAGGGCAGAGAACGCGUUGGCUGAACUCACCACACUCCUACCAGAAGGUAGAAAUUUUAGAAACCGGUACACCAGAUCCAAAGAAGAUUACCAAGUGGGUAUCUGAUGGCUCACCGACGCACAGUAGCACACCAGUCAAAAUCGACGGCGCUCUGCAGUUUGUUCCCAAAAAUACCAAUCCAAAAGAAUUUAAGCAGCUCCAACAACAGAUCAAAGAUUACCGAAGAGCAGACAAAAUUUCAGCCGGUCCACAAUCACACAUUCUUGAAGGUGUAACGUGGGAAGAAGCAAAAAAAAUGCAGGAUGCAACAAUUAGUGGAACCGGAGAACAAGUAGUGCUCGUUGGAGCCGCCAGUAAAGGUAUUAUUCAAAGAGGUUUCCAACAUAAUGCUAUGGUUUACAAAGCACCUUAUGCGAAGAAUCCUUUCGAUGCCGUCACUGAUCAGGAACUUGACCAGUACAAAAAAGAAGUUGAGCGAAAAACUAAAGGAGAUCCCUAUGACGAAUCACAAUCAGAAUCUGAAGCUCUAUCAUCGUUUAAUAUUACUAGCACAGCUAAAAGCCCAGUCCAGUCUCCAGUUUCAGUUACGUCAGAAACAGAAGAAGAAAGUAGAGAUGAGCCAAAAGUAUUAUACAUAGGAACCAAACAAGUGCCUGCACCAAGUCAACCAGAAGUUGUUCUUAGUGAUGACAAAAACGUAAAUACGGUGACAGCUAACCCAGUAGAACUUCAAGAGAUAAUAAAAUCUGAACCUUCAAAAGUUCAGACUGGAUCUAAUAUUAAAUCAGUGAACGCUGCUUUUAUCAACGAACUACGUCGCUCCGAAAUGAUGAACCGUAGCAAUGCAAAUGGACGAGGAUUAUCCGGAGUUUCAAGUCUCAGCAGCAGAAGCGACGUCAGUUGUACCACAGAAGAUAAUCGUUUGACUUCCUUGAACAGACCACAGUAUCCUCCUUGUUAUCUCGAAACAGCCCGAACUCGAGAGCUUCCACGUCCUGAACACUACUAUAAGUUAUUUAGUCCUCCACUUCAGAGAAUUCAUGCCGCAAGGGUUAAGUUUCUGAAAGAAGCUUUUUGUGGUAUCAAGACAGAAGAAGAAGAAGCGGAAAAAAAUGUUCAAGAAGGCUCGAGUACGGAAAUCAAGACAGAAUUGAAUGACGUUGAAUGCAAGUCAAACAGUAGCAUGAACUUUGCUGAAAAAGUCUAUAUACCAGUUGAAAAUGCCGUUGUUAAUGAGCCAAUUAGCAACGAAAGGAGCAGUACAGAGAACAGUGAUUUAGAAAUCACUGAAAAGAUGGGUGAAUCAAAUUCAAAUUCUUCAGACAGUUUGGAAGAAAAGACAUUUGUUUCUGAGUUAUUCAUAGAUAUAAAGGACGAUAAUGAGAAGACUUACUGUUCUGCAAUAAACAUUCCACUUGAUGAUUACAGAAGAGAAGAAUUUGCGAAUGAAGUCGAGACAAAACAUCCAGAAGAAUCACACGAUUCAGACUCAUUACCAGAAACGGAAACAAAUAAUUCCUUGUCUCCAAAUCAGCUCGACUAUAGUAAUCGUACAAGAAGAGUUUAUUAUGCCAAAGGCCGUAAAUCUUCAACUGCAGAAGAAUCCUUCGAUUCAGAACAACAAGAGCUUCAACGUAAUUCUACGUUAUGCGAGAGCGAUAACAAUAGUAAUGAAAAUUAUAUUAGCGAAUAUAAUGUAGAAUUUCCAGGCAGUUACGUUUUAUGCAAAGAAUCAAAGGGUAGUGAUAUUGAUACACAAAAUGACCUUGAAACAGAAAAAGUAGAUAAUGAAAUUAUUGAUAAAGAUGAAUAUGAAUAUGACUACCUCUGCGAAGGCUUUUUUGAUACUCAAAGUAUCAAAGAUUUACCAAUCAAUGAAGCUAUCGAAGAAUGCUCCUACAGUAGUAAUGCACUGGCAGAUAAACAAGUUGGCUCUCAAAAUUCCUCAAGACAUGGUUCAAUUGCAUCUUUGAAUGAUUUGGAUGGAUCAAAAACUGACAACAAAGAAUCUGAAGUAGUUGAAAUUGAUUUGAAAGACGAAGUAAAAAGUAACAUGGGCGAAUGUGACGAACAAUGCGAUAAUAUCGAUUAUGCAUGGGAGCCAGAAUGCAAUGAGAUGUAUGAUCUCACCCAUUUUAGCUUCGGAAAUGAAAGUUUCUCAAACCAGAGUUUCGGUCUUCAAAGAACUGGCCCUGCAUGCGAAGAUCUUACUCGCAUCGACGAAUUGGAUUCCGUUCGACGCGACAGCUUAGUAAAUGUUAUUAUUAGUAUGAAUGGUAAUAUAACUCCAAGCAAAUUUAAUUUAGAUCCUAUUCCUCGAACCGAAAAUUCAACACAGUAUAAUUUGAGCCCUGAAAACAUGAAAGAGAUUUACAGUAUUACGCCACAAUGUGAUGAUACAUUAGCCACCGAUUCAACUUCCUCUACUUCUGGCAGUAGUAAUGACAUCGAUCAAUGUCGCAUCAAAGAAAGUUACGAUCAAAAAAUGCAUGAUGUCAUUAAAGAAGAAACAACAGAAGAAGUAGCAGAAGAAAUAGCGGAAGAAAUAGCAGAAGAUGAAUCUGCGAUUUUAGAGCUACUCAACCCAGUGGACGACGAACUUUUUCAUAAACAAAUGUCUACAUCAUUCGAGGAAAUUCACCAAGAAUUAUCAACAGCAAAUGUAAAGAAGGAAGCUAUAAAGUUUAUUAAAGAAAUAUUGGAUGAAGUUUCCAAAAUGAAUCUACUCAGAGGCCAUUAUAAAUCAAAACAAGAAAUUCAAAGAGAAGUACGUGAAAGGAUGGAAUCUAUUAAAAUGGAGAGGAAAAUUACUAAUGAUAUCAUUCAAAAGUCAUCAAUAAAAAAUGAACUUCUUUCUGAAACAGCACAAGUUUAUAGUACUUUUAAAGUCAAUGAACCAACAGAACCGGUAGAUGGUGUCUAUGUAGUUCAUGAACUCAUUCAUCAUAUAGUUAAUAAAAAUGACAAUGAAGAUAACAUCGAUAGGAGUGACAGUCAUAUUUGUCAAAAGGUUGCUGAUAAAGAAUAUAAGGAAACUACAAAUACUAAAUUGAAAGAGCUCAGAAUUGAAUAUGAAAUAAAAGAUGAAAGGAGUCUCAUGUCAACUGCACCGACAACCACAGCUAUAGAGUUGCCUCCCAAUUCAAUCAAUUCAUCAAACCAAACUUUAGAUGUUGCUUCAGAACCUGAAUACGAUGACGUUUAUCCUUUUGACAAUGAAAAAAUUAUAGAAUCUACAGCUCCUGAUUGUGAUUCCAAUAACAAUGAUACUAAGAACAAUGUUUCUAAUAAUAGUUCCGUCAAUUCUACUGAAGAAGAAGUACAUUUGCAGAGUACUAACUUGCCAUUUGUAUCGACGAAUUAUAUUUUUUGUACAGAAAGUUACGAUUUUGGUGAUCAAGAGGCUGUAGAAUCCACUGAUAGUGAUACUAAAUCUGAUGACAGCAAAGAAAAGCCAAAGGAUAUUGAAUUUGGUUCAAAUGAUUUACGAUACAGUUUUCGUCCUCACUAUGAACCAAAAAGUGGAGAUAUCUAUAUCAAUUGUAAUGAAGCGUCCUUCAAUGAAGCACUGAAAGAAAAAAGUUGGAUUGUAAAUCAUCCGCAUUUAAUUACAUCUGUAAAAAGCGAUAACGAUAGUGAUCGCGAUGAGCUUUCAGUGAUAAAUAAAAUACAUUCUACAGAAGAACUCAAUAUUCCUGUCAUUUCGACGGAAUCGCAUCAUUUGGACGAGCAAGAAACUUCAGGAUCUAUAGAUAACGACAUUAAAUCGGACUACAGCAUAGAAAAAGAAGAAGAAGAUGUUGAAAUUUCUCACUAUCAUGCUCAGUAUGAUGAUCGCCCAAAAUUGAAACGCAGGCGUGGAAUAAGUGAUAACAUUGAUUGUGAUGAAACAGCCCAUCCUUCUGAAUCGAGUAAGAAAAGUAAAUGGUCUCUGAGUAAAUUGAUUCAAGUUGGCUGUGUUAAAGGCGAGCGUGACGAUGAUUUUUACGAGAGUGCAGUGAAAGAUGACGUCAAAAAACCGGAUUCUCCUGACGUUACGAUAAAUGUUCAUGCGGCUGAAACUUCGGGCUCUCCGAAAGAAUGGUGUUAUUCUAUCAAGCAAGAGGUUACUGAUGAUGAAAUUGAAACUGAAGAUAACAUUGAAAAACAAGAAGUUAUUAUUGAAGUUUCUCCUGAAAAACAAAAAAUGGCUCAGAAUAGAUUGGCACUGGCUGAUUGUGUAAAAAGUGGUAGCGACGGAGACCUCGAGCUUGCAACUAAUGAUGACGUUCAGACUAUCAAAGGCCAACAUAAUUUUGGCAAUUUGUUAGAUUCUCAAAAUAAUCAAGUGUUUGCAUCGUUGAGUUCCAUUGCUUCAGCAGACUUUUGUCAUAAUUUUAAGGAAGAAGUGGACUCCGAAUUAGUGAGAAUUAGUAAGGGAUCUGACUACAGUGAAGAUGACGAAGAGAAUGACGAUAAUGUUGAUGACCGUCCCCAGCAUAAGAAAAAAAACAAAAAAGUUACUUUUUUCAUUGAAGAUGAAAAGAAAUCCAUUUCCAUUGAUCAAAAAAAGAAAUGGUCUCUAAGUAAAUUUAUUGCACCGAAUUGUAUAAAGGGUGAAUAUGACAGUGAUCAAUACGAAAUUAAAGAUAAAUAUGACAUUCAGAAUGCUGACGAUGAAAUAAGUAUUAGCAGCACAGUUUCGUGUGCAUCGACGCAAUCACUGCCUUCGACAGAAUAUUUGUAUAAUAAUGAGCAAGAUGAUGAGCAGGUAGAAGUGACGGAUAAUGAUGGUGAACCUAAUCAAAGCAUAGAAAAACUAGAGAAUAGUGAUAAUGAAGCAUCUAAGGACUAUUUAACUUGUUCUGCCCGUUCGGAAAAAGAAGGAAAAGUUUACGUCUUAAGAUCUGAUAAGCCCACUUUUAGUAUAAUAGAAUGUGAUAAGACAAUGGAAAAUAAUAAAAAUGAGAAUCUACAAAGAGCAAUUCUGAUUGACUCUAUAAAAAGUGAAAAUGAUACUGUUCACGACACAAAUAUAGUCAAGUUAGAAGAUCCCAGCUUUAGUGAUAGUCCUGAUAAUGCUUGUUAUGUAAAAAAAGAAAGUGAUUCUGAAGAAAGUCUAAAUGAGAUAGAAGAAACAGAAAGUAUUCAAAAUGAAGUUGAAAAAUUGUGGCAACUGAACGAGGAAAAAAUGGACACCUACUGCAGGGAAGCAAGGAUUUGUGACGAAAGUACUUUGGAACUGGAAGAAGGAAUUGCAAACUGCGAAAAGAAUCUCGCCAUAUUGAACGAAAAAACUAAACAGCUUUACGAAGAAAUGAUGGCUGUGAGUGCAGAAGGUAUUGAUUUCGAUUUUGAAAUAAAUGAAGAUGAACUAAAUCCAACAAGUGAGACUCAUCAUCAGUUCCAACGAGUAGAUGACUUACAUGAACAGCCUUUGAAUUUAAUCGACGCUAGGCCAGACGUUCUGACAAACGCAUCGUUGUUGUCAACAAUUAUGGAAGAUCCCGAACUCGAAAAGAUUUUAACGGAUUCUUCAUCUUCAUUCAUUUUAAAGAAUGCCUUUCCGAACACAGUAUCAGAUAAUCUGUCGGCUGUUGUAGAAGACACAGAUUGUAUUAAUGAAGUAGAAGAUCCGAAAAUUUCUGAACAUUCUUCACGUUCGAGUACAGCAUCCCCAAAAUCCGAAGAGGAGCAAUUUCCAUGUCGCACGUACGAUUUGGAAGAAAUCACCGAUUCCGAAAUGGCUUACAGCGCCGAUGUGUCGCGCAAUGACGGGCGCCUUCAAAAUACGGUUUGCCGGAACGAUUCGACCAUCUCUGAAACCCGAAUGAGUGCCGGGAAGCGACGCAUAAUGGCGAUCACUCGGAUGCGCAUCAUAGCACCUUUUCGCAAAGCAGUAAAGAGGGCGGCUCGAUGUCCCAAGACGUCAGCGUAAGCGAGGAGUCACC